UUCGCAGACGAUUUUGUGUCAGAGUAAAAUAGAGUUCGACAAGUCGCGGAUCUCGUCGGUUGCAUUCACUAAUAGUUUCAACUUUCGACAAUAAUGAGAACAAGCCGCGAUUUCUCCGGUUUUAAAUGCAACCGUAACUGGCCUGACCAAAUUUGCUCGACUAGCUCUGCAGUUGCGAAACAUUGUUAAAUUCUGUUACACACUUGCUACUGUGUAAAUAGAAAUAUAUAAGAAUCGCAUCGUACGAGACAAUCUUGUGAAGAAUUCAUUGUGUGUACAUCAGUACGAUUGAAUGACAAUGCCAACGAUGGAUACCAAAGAUUCCGUCAACUUUACGAUUAAUGGAGUACCAUACAAGGUCUCGGGAAACAUACCGACAAACACGUCCCUCAAUGUGUACAUUCGCGAUUAUGCGAAACUCCGCGGCACAAAGGCCAUGUGCCAUGAGGGUGGUUGCGGUGCCUGCAUCGUGGCUGCGGAAAUUAAGGGGGAAACAAUGGCUGUGAAUUCUUGCCUCGUACCGAUAUUAAUUUGCGACGGAUGGGCAAUUUAUACGAUCGAGGGUAUAGGAAACAGACGAGAUGGCUAUAACUCGAUUCAGGUUGCGCUCGCUGGAAAAAAUGGCACGCAAUGCGGAUAUUGCUCUCCCGGCAUGGUGAUGAAUCUUUACAGUCUCACGAAAAACAAAAAAUUGACAAUGCAACAGAUCGAAAACUCGUUCGGCAGUAAUAUUUGUCGAUGCACGGGUUAUCGGCCUAUUCUGGAUGCGUUUAAAGGAUUUGCCAGCGAUGCGACUCCCACACUGAAGAAAGAUAUUAGCGAUAUCGAGGAGCUCUACGAGGUCAAAAUCUGCCCGAGGAACGGAUUGCCAUGCAAAAACACUUGCACCGAUGAACAUUCAAACAACGUAAAAUUAGAUAUAAAGUUGGAAGAUGGGGAAUUCUAUAAAGUUUACUCAAUCGAGGAUCUAUUCGCGAUAUUUCAAGAGAAACCGCAGGCCACAUACAUAUUAAAUGGUGGCAAUACAGCGCACGGUGUUUAUCGCACGGGCAAAAAAGACCUUCACAUCGAUAUAAACGACAUCCCGGACCUGCGUCACAUCAAAAAGACCAAUCAAGAUUUAACCUUGGGCGGGAAUAUAUCCCUUACCGUGGCGAUGGAGACUUUUCAAAAGUACUCGUCCGAAACAGGAUUCAAGUAUCUGCGUCAUCUAGCCCAUCACAUCGACCUGAUCGCUAGCGUGCCGAUACGCAACACCGGCUCCAUCGCUGGCAACCUGAUGAUAAAGCACAUGCACAAUGAAUUUCCAUCCGAUUUGUUCCUGAUGUUGGAAACCGCCGGUACUCAAAUACAUAUCCUCGAUGCACCCAGUCGCAAGACAAGCAUGAUGCUGCAGGACUUCCUCAAGACCAACAUGAAUCACAAGAUCAUCUACAGUGUAGUGCUGCCGGCGCUGUCCGAUGAAUAUGAGUACAGAUCUUAUAAGAUCAUGCCAAGAGCGCAAAACGCUCAUGCACAUGUCAACGCUGGCUUCCUCUUCGCACUCGACGGCGGCGGCAAGGUGCUGAAGAAGCCUAACAUCAUCUUCGGUGGCAUCAACGAGCACUUCCUGCACGCGAAGAAGACCGAGGAGAUGUUGAUAGGUAAAUCCAUCUUCGAUCAAAAAGUGCUAAAAGCCGCCUUGGACACGCUGCACAGCGAACUCAAACCUGACCACGUGCUGCCGGACUAUUCGCCGGAAUUCCGCAAGACCCUCGCUGAAGGAUUAUUUUACAAGUUUGUGCUGAGUAUCAAACCAGAGAACGUGAAUCCUAAGCUUCGCAGCGGCGGCACUAUCUUGGAACGAGGACUUUCCUCAGGUACACAGGAUUACGAUUCGGAUAAGAAUUUGUGGCCGGUGAAUAAGCCGACGAUAAAGCUGGAGGCGAUCCAGCAGACAUCGGGCGAGGCCCAGUAUUGCAACGAUCUCCCACCGUAUCCUAGAGAAGUGUUCUGCGCUUUCGUCACUGUGGAUAUCGCUAACGGCAAGAUCCAAAGCAUAGACGCGAGCAAAGCGCUGGCCAUGAAGGGUGUAGUAGCGUUCUUCAGCGCCAAGGACGUGCCCGGCAAGAAUCUAUUCGUCUCAGGCGUCAACAAGCUGAUGAUGUUGGACGGUGAUGAGAUUCUAUUUGCCAAGGAUGACAUUCUCUACGCCGGCCAGCCGGUUGGCGUGAUUGCUGCCGAGACGCACAAUCUGGCAAACGAGGCCGCGAAAUUGGUGGAGAUCAAAUACAGCGAGCCUUUGAAGAGGAAGCCAGUAAUAACUGUCGAGGAUGCGUUCGCAACGAAAGAUGACAGUAGAAUCAUGCAGGGCACGAGCACUACGGCGCAGAAGAAAGGAGAUAAUAUUAAGCAUGUGAUAAAGGGCGUCUUACAAUUAGGCAGCCAGUAUCAUUAUACUAUGGAGACUCAGUCUUGCGUAUGCAUUCCUACGGAGGAUGGCAUGGAUGUCUAUCCAGCUACGCAAUGGAUAGAUAGCAUUCAAGUAGCUAUCGCAGAUUGCCUUAAUGUCAAGAACAAUAGUAUCAACGUCAGCGUUAAACGGAUCGGUGGUGCAUACGGGGCGAAAAUUUCGCGCAACGGACAGAUCGCGUGUGCCUGCGCGUUGGUAUGUUACAAACUGAAUCGGCCGGCACGAUUCGUCAUGACAAUCGAGAGCAAUAUGCAAUCGGUGGGCAAGAGAAUCAUGACGCGUAAUGAUUACGAGAUCGGCGUCGACGACGAAGGAGUCAUCCAGUAUCUUGAUUUGAAAUUUUGGUGCAACACCGGUUGCAGCUUCAAUGAACCCACUGCUUGGGUCGUAGCGCAGCAUUUGACCAACUGUUAUGCGACCGACACUUGGACAAUAAACGGAUACGAGGUGCGAACCGAUAUACCAUCAAACACGUAUUGUCGAGCACCAGGCUCCUUGGAAGGAGUAGCCAUGAGCGAAAAUUUAAUGGAACACAUCGCGAGAGUGACGAAAAAGGAUCCUUUACAAGUCAGACUGUCAAAUAUGAACGAAGCAGACAAGGCUGCGCUAGAAGCAAUGGUGCGCGAGCUGUCAAAGUCAGCUGAUUACGAGAUGCGAAAGCGAGCCGUCGAAAUGUUCAACAACGAGAACCGUUGGAAGAAGAAGGGAAUCGCUUUAGUGACGAUGAUGUAUCCGUUCGGUUAUUGGGGGCAAUUUAACGCUAUGGUGUCGAUUUGCGCGCGCGAUGGUACGGUCUGCGUGACACACGGCGGGAUCGAAUGCGGCCAAGGUAUAAAUACAAAGGUCGCCCAAGUGGCAGCUUACACCUUGGGGAUCGAUCUAAAUUUUGUCAGCGUCAAAGCAAGCAAUAACAUAGUAACACCCAACAACUCGGUUACCGGAGGAAGUGUUAGCAGCGAAAGUUGCGCAUAUUCCACGAUUCAGGCCUGCAAAGAACUUUUGAAGAGACUCGAGCCGAUCAAGAAAGAAUUGAAAAAUCCGAAUUGGAAAGAACUUGUUUUGACGGCAUAUUUAAAGGAUGUUGAUUUAUGCGCACGACAUAUGUUCGCACCCACGCAGGAUGACACAAUUAAGCCUUACAAAAUUUACGGUGUCACCAUCGCCGAGGUCGAAAUCGACCUGUUGACCGGCCAGCAUAUUGUCAAUAGGGUGGACUUAAUGGAGGAUGCUGGUAUGAGUUUAAGUCCGGAGAUCGACGUCGGUCAGGUGGAGGGUGCUUUCGUGAUGGGAAUGGGAUACUGGACUUCCGAGGAUCUGGUGUACGAUCCUAAAACAGGAGCAUUGACAAAUUAUAGAACUUGGAAUUAUAAACCGCCGGGAGCAAAGGAUAUUCCCGUUGAUUUCCGCGUAUCUCUCCUUAAAAACUCGAGCAACGUACUUGGUGUCCUCCGUUCAAAGGCGACCGGUGAACCACCGCUCGCCAUGGCUUGUGUAAUUCCAAUUGCAAUUCGCAAUGCAUUGAACUCUGCCAGGGCGGAUGCCGGAAACACGGAUGACUGGUAUCAAUUGGAUGCACCAUACACCAACGAACGUAUACUUUUAAACAGUUUAACUAGCAAGGACAAUAUGGUGUUAAGUGAAAGUUGACUCGUUCGUGCGGGAGAAUAAAACGGUGCUUAAAAUAAAUCCUAUAAUUAUUGUCGUUCUUUUCUUUAAUCGCUCUCUUUCUCUAAUCAGAAUAAAUUUAGACGCUUCUGUACGACUAAGACAAUUCGUUUUAACAUCCGUGUUUCGCCGAUACAAGAGGUUUCAGGGUAAUAGCGGCGCAAUAAUAUGUAUAUAUUUAGAUUAGUUAACAGGCUUUUAACAUAACUAAGGCACACAAUUUCUGUUUUAUGGUAAAUAAUUUCAAUAAAUACUCUCUAUUACGCCAUUGAUGUGCUACAUUGUAAAUAUUACAACAGAUUUGCGAUGUAUAAUUUGUAAUUAAUGAUCAUACAAUAUAAAGUAUAUGUCGGAGAGAGAAAUAAUAAUCGUAAAUAUAUAAAUAAUAAUUCAAUAUAAGUAUAUAUAUAUAUAUAUAUAUAUAUAUAUAUAUAUAUAUCUCAAGAGAAUCUAGCAACGAUUAUUAUCGUAUAUAUGUAUAUACGCGGACAUCAAACGAUAAACACGUUGACAUCAUUUGCAUUAUUUGCACUUGAGGGUGGAUGAGAAAAAGGGCUGAGGAAUAAAAAAACGGAACGAAACGAGAUUAUGGCAUAUCGGAGGUUUGAUUCGCAAAAUCAUUUAAUUAACGUAUAAUGUGCAUCGCCGCAAAAUGGAGAAAAACAUGGAAUGUGUUCCUUCCACGGCAUCACUCACGCCAUUCUCAAGACCGCUAUUCAUGUGUCGCGAGGGGGAGAAACAUGCCAAACUUAACUCAGAGCGCGCAGCCUUAAUAAUUAAAAAUUCUUAACGCGCGCGUAACAAAUAUACCAUUAAGCAUAAAUAGCGAAAGUUGAAAAGACCGAAUGUAAUCUUGAAGAAAUAAAAUUUCGAUGCUGCAG